AUGAUAAAUGAUAAACUGCUCGCGUCGCAAGCUUUGAUCGACCGAAGGCGCUAUGAGGCCCUGGAUCCUUUUCGAUGGACCCAUCAUCCAUCUCACUACGUGACCACCAAUCAACUUGUAAAGAGCUAUUUCUCUGUUUAUUUGUAUGACCUUCAAGGCAUCUUCGCAAGCCCGGGAAAAGUAGAUUUGACGUCCAAGAGCUCACUGUGUGGGCUCGGAUUUCGGGAGACCACGGUCAACAGCCUCAUCGUGAGCCUUCAGGUUCUGCACUGUGAGGAGACGCUCACGCCGGUGAUCCAGUCUUGCGUUUCCACGCCUCAGCGGUCCAACGAGUCCUCCGGGCUCGCCCCUCCGGAUGUCCAACUUCUUCAGGAGUGGGUGAUGUUCCCACUGCGGCUGUGUGAUCUUCCGCUGGAUGCAGUUGUGGAUUGCCGCGUGUACGACUCGAAGGGUGGGAGCUGCCUCGGCGUAUCGCGAUUUCACCCUUUUAAUUUGGUGGGGGAAUUGCGAAUGGGGCGGUUGGCGUGCGAGCUGCGGCGUCCUCCAGAGGUUGGAGGGGAGGUGGUGUUCCAUGAGUUUUCCGAUAACGAGAUUCCUUCUCACGAUGGGAAGGAGUAUGGGAGUAAUCGGAGGGAUUCCUCUGCCUCCGUAUCGUCAUCUAUUCAGGAGAAUGUUUUUGGAGAAUCGUUGCUUCAUGCGCGAUAUCGUGGCAUGUUUCCUAAUAUUCCCUGGUUGGAUGCGAUAACGGAGGACUUUCUACAACAUGAAGCGCGGUUGGUCACCUCAGUUGAGAAGAGUGAAAAUAAACUGAUGUCAUCAAGUGAUGGGCCUUCACAGGGACACGAAAAAACUUAUCUGCGGCUUUACUUACCGCUACCUUCUGAGCCUAUACCAAUUUUAGCCCAACAUACGCCAGAAGGGUUCCUUGGCGUUAAGGACUCCAAUAUGUACUAUACUACAACAACUUUAUUGAAGGCGUACGAGGCGGAUGCCAAUACCCCUUACGUAGACCACUAUUACCUUUUUAGAAAUCACAACAUUUGCGAGGCGAUGGCCGCCAUUCAGGCCCGUUCGCUUUACCUUUUAUACGAUACCACGGCAACACCAGGGAUAUGGGAGCGGCGACGUUUGAUGGAGCUCGCCGCUCGGCAGCCGAUCCAGUUCGAUUCGCCGCGCAUCGAGGACGUUGCGCUGCUGUGGAAGUAUCGCCAUUUUGUCUGCAAAGACCCGCGGCUUUUUCUCACUUUUUUGCGUACCGUCGACUGGAGCCAGCCUCACUCGGCGGAAGGACGGGUGGCCACGGAGCUUAUCGCGGAAUGCAAGUCCGUUGGCCUGGCGGAGGUGCUCAGUUGCCUGUCGAGGCUUUUUAGCGGCGUGGCGCCGGUGCGGCAGUUCGCCGUGAAGCUGCUAAGCCGUGAGGACAAUGCGAGGCUGUGCUGGUUGUCCGUUUUUCUUAUUCAGGCGCUUCGCUACGAGAGCAAAUCCAAGGAGUUGACUUCUUUUCUGCUCAACCGUGCCUCCCGACACUGGGAGCUUUGCUGCUCACUAUAUUGGGGGUGCUACGUGGAGGGUGCUCUUGAGAGUGAGGUCGGACAACGGCCGCCGGCGGAACCGGAAUCACCCAUUUGCACCUUUUUCCAUCAGUUAGAGGAUAGGUUGAGAAAAACCCACCCUUUUUUUCUUAACCGUCUUCAGUGCCAACAGCGUUUAGUUGAUUCCCUGCGCGAGCUCUGCUCCACGCUUCAGAAGGCCUCCACUGACCGGCCAGGUAAGAUCGAGCUUGGCAGGAGAUUAUUGGAAAGGAUGGCAUGUGGCUUUGAUAUGGUUUUCUCACGGCUCGGUGACACUGAAGCUCAGUCAGAAUUACCCAGUAUUCCGCUUGCUAUGAACGCCAACAAAAGGAAUGAGCGCUCGGACGAUAUUCACGAUCAUCGUCUUGACCUUUCCAGCACGGCUACCCUGCCAUGCCAUCCUGCUGUGGUGUUCGAUGGGGUCUGUAGUUCCGGCUUCUCCAUCUUCAAAAGCUCCAAGCUCCCGGUGCAGGUGGUGUUUCGAUUGGCAGCCCGCUCCCCCAAUUCUCCCCAGUUCGCCCCAGAAACGGGAGACGACUUGACCGCAUCGAAGGCCUCCUUUGAGGGUGGCCGUUUUUCACCCCGUGAGAGGGUCCCUGGACCGAUUAAAGAGGAGGAAGAGCUCGAGGAAAAUUCAUCUGUGGGAGAGAAAGUCUCUACCGACCUGCGCGCUUUGAGCGAUACGGCUGAGAUGAUACAGGACACGGACGUUUUCAGGCCAUUGGCCUUUGGCGCCUCAUCGAACGCUAUUGUCGAGUUACCCUUGAUGUUCAAGCUGAACGAUGACGUGCGGCAGGAUCAGCUUGUCUUGCAGCUUUUAUACUGGGUGGAUAGUCUCCUGCGGCAGGACGGCUUGGAUUUGUGUUUGACGCCCUACCGCGUGGUCGCCACGGGUCCCAACGAAGGACUUAUUGAAGUUGUCCUUAAUGUCGUUACUUUCCAGAGUGUUCAGCGUGAUGUGCUUAAGUACUUACGUCAACACAACUCUACCCACUUGGGGAUGCAAGAGGCAAUGGAUCGGUAUAAACGGAGCUUCGCAGGUUAUUGCGUUCUAACCUUCGUGCUGGGUAUUGGGGAUCGUCAUCUUGAGAAUAUCCUCGUUGCGCAGGACGGGCGGCUGCUUCACAUUGACUUUGGUUAUAUUUUGGGCAACGACCCGAAACUGUUUCCACCGCCAAUGAAGAUAAGCCGCGAGAUGAUCGACGUUUUGGGUGGUCCCCAGAGCGUUGGGUAUGUUGAGUUCAAAUCCUAUUGUUGUAGUGCGUAUAAUAUUUUACGCAAGCAUGCUGCACUUUUCUUACAUAUGCUUCAACUUAUGAGUAAUGCACGCUCGUUGCCGCAGAUUACCGGAAAUGAGGCUGUAGACCCAUAUCUCAUUCUUAUGCAGGUACAAGACAAGCUACGACUAGAUCUUAACAGCGCGCAGGCUACGCAAUACCUUCAGACCAUCAUUGCUGAUAGCGUGGGGUCCGUUUUUACAGGGUUGUGGGACGUGCUUCAUGCUGCCGCGCAAGCUACACGGGUCUGA